AUGUUCGAGACUUACCUACGCACAUUCCGGCUCCUAGCGCAAUCUUCUGGCCGUGGUCUCUACCGACAGACAGCGCUAGUCCCAGGGAGCCAGACAUUCACGCGGAAUUUCGCUUCUCGAUCGCAACAGGGCCUAGGACUACCAGCUUCGAGAACAGCGAAACAUGCAACGCCUCGGCCGAGAAUAGCCAACGCUGUAGCUCAAUCCAAGAAACUCCCGUCGCGAACCACCCGAAGAUCAUUCCACAAUACAUCACGCUUGCGAGACUCCAAGCCCACUCCGAGCAAUUCGGGUAAUCCAACCGCCCAAGAACCACAAGGCCUGUCCGCAAGGCUCAAGAAAUUGUCAAGGGAGUACGGCUGGUCAGCUUUGGGCGUAUACCUCGGUCUGAGUGUACUGGACUUCCCAUUCUGCUUCUUGCUCGUUCGCAUAGUCGGUACGGAUAGAAUAGGUCAAUUCGAACACUGGAUCGUCUCGAACGCGAAGAAGUUGAUACCGGACUCAGUCCAGGACAAAUGGCAUGAAUAUCGGGACGCCUUGAAACAGGCCGAGGUCAAGGAGUUCGGCAAUGAUGAUAUCAGCGAGCAUGUCGAGAUGGCCGGCUGGGGCGUCCAAGAGGCCGAGGAGAGGAACAAAACGGAAGCCAGCCUCGGCACUCAGUUAGCCCUCGCUUACGCCAUACACAAGAGCUUCAUAUUCAUUCGGGUGCCCUUAACCGCCGCAAUAACGCCCAAGGUUGUGAAAGUCCUCAGAUCGUGGGGCUGGGACAUUGGAAAGCGACGAGCCAAGCGGUGA